UCUAAGCCUUGAACGGCUCGUGGGCUGUGCGUGGACACAACGAGUCUAUCUCAUUUUUUUUUGUUUCUCUUAUAAUUCUAUUUUAUGGGGGGUGACUGAGGGUGCCAGUUUCACGAACGUAUUAUAUACUUUACUGGCGCAGCGUGGCGCUUUAAACAUUGCGCAUGCGCAUCAUUCGUUUAUCGCGCCUGUGCAUAACCUCGUUAAGAUUCACGCGGAGAAAAGUGGAGGGGAUUUAUGGCAUCCCUGAGUAGGAGUGAACUGAAGUGAACAGAAUCAAACAGAAGUGAAUAGGAGUGCGUGUGAGUAUGUAGUUGACAGACGCUUGACUCAGCUUGAAUUCGUGAACGAUGUGUCGUGUUUGAUAUUUCUGGAACUUUGUUGCGGAGGACCGCGUUUCUUCCUGUUAUCCUUCACGUAUCACGUGGAAUUAAAUACUGAUAUCUGGAGCCCUAUUAUCAGUUAGAUGACGGCGGUACGCCGUGUGUUAACAGGUCAUGGGGGCCUGUUUCGGCCGCUGCAUUUCCAAAGUUACAGACUCCUUGUCAUACAGGUUUUACCAAAGGCACACCAUGUCUUGCCAAGGAGACGAACAAGUUGAGUUUAUGGAUGACAAAGGAGAUGCAGACCAACCUAGAGGAUCAAAAACCCUGUUAUCGUUUCUCUCCUUAAAUCGAUUCAAGAAGAAACAUGGAGUUCCUGUAACAUUGGAAUUGUUAGAAGAUGGGGGAUGGUCAAAGGGUACUAAUAAAUAUACUAGAUUAAAUUCUAGGAACAAUGCUUCUACAAGUUCUGGGUUGGAUAUUCCACUUCAAAUUCUUGAUGCAAGGAUAUUAAUCAAGCAACAAGCAUGCGUCUCCUCUACUCCUGGCUCUUCAUUAGAUCUAGAGUGGGAACACGAAGGAAUGCCUCUACCAGUUAUGGACGAUGAAAACGUUGAAAGUAACGAUGGUUCUCUGACUCAAACAUCAGUAAACAACAGUCAACCCUCUAGUUUGACAGCAUCUCCUUGGUCUAGAGUGUCUACACCAAAUAGUUUAGAAUGGGAUCCGGUCGAAGCGGAUAUGGUAUGUGUUGAUUUAGAGACUGAACAGCUUUUGACUGAAAUAGAAAGAUUAACAGAUAGAGCAUUACAAGAGACAGGUGAAUGGACUAGCACUAGCUGAUAAAUAAUAUAUUUAUAAUCAACAGGAUUGUUUGUAUUUUUGUAUUAUAAAGAAAGGGUACACAACGGAAUUAUAAGAUUAUGAAAAUACUUUUAGUAUUGUUGAAACAAUAUGAAGAUAUAUUUAUAUUGUUUCAAGGAAUACGUGUAUAACAGCGUAAUUUAAACAAAAUUUUAAUAGGAAGGUAUAUUAUCGGAAAUACCUUUCGCCUCUUUAUUAUAGAAAAAAAAUGCCAAUGAUUCAGAAAAAGACAAACUUUUUAUAUUAUAUCACGUGUAUAUAAGUCUUACACAAUUAAUCAAAAGGAUAUGUUUUUAUUACUCAGUUUUGAUCGAGGCGCGAAAUGUUGCACAUUGUUUAUUUUACGCUAAUUCUAUCCUUUCGAAAAGUUUGACGAAAAAACGUUAGUUUUUAUUUUUAUUUCACAUAACUUCCACAGGACAAUAACAUUCUUCCUAUUAAUGACCAUUACCUUCUUAUUUUAUAAACCUCGAUUUCUUAUCUAACUCCGAAUGUUUAUACUUUUUUCCAAGAAUACAAGUUUUAUAUUUAAAAUUUAUGUACUUGGGAAGAUACUGAUCUCGCCUUCUUUUUCUAUACAAACAUUGUCCUAUGAUGUUGCAAUGUAUUACUUCAACCCUUUGAAGCACACGUAAAUAACGUAUAAUUAAAUUUCCUUCACACUUUUUUAUUCUUUCUUUAACGAGCAGAUUUCUUUUGCAAAUAGUACCAAGAAAUUUGAUAGAAAUUGCCAAACGUGCUUCAAAUGAUUAAACAAUGCAUAACAUGUACACAGCAGUAUACAUUUUUACGUUCGUGAAGUCUAUUGUUCAUGAUUCAACUUAGAUAGGAAAAUGAUGAAAAAAAAUUAAUUAAAAUGCAUCAGGUGCUAUCAAUGCAAUGUAUUUUUCGCAAACGGAAUUAAAAACUGCUUUUUUGGGUAAAAAUUUCUUUCAGAGCUUUAGUGUACGUAAAAUUACUGUAUUUUAUAAAGAAAAGAUUAUCAUAUAGUCUAUUUAUAAAUCUAGUCACAGUGAAAUUUUGCGAAUCUCUGGAAGAUCGAAACAAACCAAACAGAAUACAAGGUGGUGCUGAUGUAAUGUUAAUGUUGAAUACAUAUUUGAGUGUACAAAACAUGUUUCUACUGUGGUUAAAUUAUUACGAGAUAAUUAGGUUACGAUUUUAGAUAGACCAUUGAUUAUCGAAAUAAAUGAAUUUUAUGACCGAAGUAGGCUGCCUUACAAUAGAUAAAAAAAAAAGAAUAUAAAAUUCGUAACUAUUAACCUGCUAUUUGAAAUUUUAAUUGCAAUUUGCACUCGCGGGUAUACUCCGUUACAAUCGCAUAAUUAAAUUUUAAGAUUAUUAGCUUACGGAUAAUUUUGGAGAGAAUCAAAAUAUAUGCAGCAAUAGUACAGAUAGUAAUAACGUUAAUGAUAAUGAAGCUAAUAAUAAUGGUGCAGCACGUUUAUAAAGCAGUGCCAUAGUUGUCAUAAUUUAUUUCACACUCGAGACAAAUCAUUCACGUUUGUCGCAAAUAUCGAACGAUGAAAUUCCACAUUGCAUGAUAAACGCACAGAAAUAUUAUUUGUGCAAAAUGUAUAUGAUUAUUAUUGAUAUGUUAUUAAUUUUAAGUAUGCAACGUGUUCUGUCGGUAUAUAAAUAAUUUCGUACGUAUUGUUCAGUUCGAGAAAAAAAUGAAACGGUGCUUGAAAGAACAACAACAAAAAUGACAAACGCUUGCAAUUUGUUUGUAUUAAAGAUAAACUAUUGAGUAUUUAUGUAACAGUAAUGUUAACACUUCGAUGAUAAGAAAUGAUCAAUGAAAAGGAGAGAACGGCUUUUUCAUAUUUGUUCAGAAUUAGUAGCACGUAAAAUAUGUGGGAAACGUUUAAAUUGAUUGUCAAUUAUUUAUUCAUUAAAUAACUUAGCUAAAAGCAUUUAUUCCAAUAUUUUAAGUGCUCUAAAAUAAUAGGGACCAAAAAGUGUUUUCAGUAUUAAGUCUCCUCAUGGCUACUACUUUGUACCAAAACGAUUAUUUUAUAUAGAUUACAUUUACGUAUCCAACUUUGCUUGAUUAACCCUCUAUUUUUAAUUAAUUAUAGUGCCGAUCUUGUUUUUACAUGCGAUUCGACGUAAUAAUGGCAUUAUAUGGAUAACUGUAAGGAUAAUUUUAAAUUAUUGUAACAAUCUUGAAAUUGUAAACAAAAUUUAUCAUUGUUGGCUUUAAGAAAUAUCUUUAUCUGCGCCUAGCAUUAAUAAUCUAAAUGACAUUGUUUAUAUUUUAUGUAAAGACGUUCACAGUCGUUGUCAGUUUGCGAUAUAUGUAAAAAUCAACACUGGAUUAUUUGCUUAUGCAUUAAAUAGUUAUUAUCAUUGUA